GAUUUUGUGCAAGCAGGAGAAUCUGAUGCAGAGCGUUGUGCCCCUCGGCCAGAGCUGGAGCAUCGUGGCUGCCUUGCCAGUGAGAUCAUGGAUCCCCAAGGCAAGCAGCAUAUUUUGGAGGACAGGCCUCUGAGAGAGAACAUCUACCAUGAAAACAUCACCCAACUGUCACCACAAAGAAUAGUUCUUCAACUUCGGCCUGGAAAGGAACAGAGUUUCACUGUCCGCUUCAAACGGGCUGAGGGUUAUCCUGUGGACCUCUAUUACCUCAUGGACUUGUCCUACUCCAUGAAGGAUGACCUGGAGAAGAUCAAGCAACUGGGAAGUGACUUGAUGGCUGCCCUGCGCAAAGUGACUACCUCAGUGAAGAUUGGGUUCGGUGCCUUUGUGGACAAGACCGUGCUGCCUUAUGUCAAUAUGGUUCCUUCCAAGCGGAAACAUCCCUGCCUAAUCCCAAAGGAGAACUGCCAGUCAGCGUUCAGCUUUAGGCACGUGCUCGCUCUGACUGAGAACGCCAGUGAGUUUGAGAGCAGGGUCGGUCAGCAGCGCAUCUCAGCCAACCUGGAUGACGCAGAAGGAGGCUUUGAUGCUAUCAUGCAAGCAGCCAUUUGCAAGGAGCAGAUUGGCUGGCGUAAUGUGACAAGUCUGCUGAUUUUCACUUCAGAUGGCACUUUCCACACUGCAGGGGAUGGAAAAUUGGGAGGGAUACAUAUGCCCAAUGAUGGCCGCUGCCACCUGGAUGCCAAUGGCGUAUAUAGCAAAAGUCACCUCUAUGACUAUCCUUCUGUUGGGCACUUGGCUGAAGUGUUGUCCAAAUCUAAUAUCCAGCCCAUAUUUGCCGUGACUAGUUCCAGGCUAUCCUUGUAUAAGGAGCUGAGCAAGCUUAUUCCAAAGUCAGUGGUGGGGGAACUGAAGUCGGACUCCAGAAAUGUGGUGCAGCUCAUAGAAGACGCCUAUAAAAGUCUUGCCUCCACAGUGAAAUUAGGACAUUUCUCAGACCUUCCGCCUGGAAUCUCUAUUUCUUAUGACUCCCAUUGUGGAGACACAGAAACCUUUGGGCAGGCAAAGGGUGGAGAAUGCAGUGACGUGUCUGUCAACCAGAUGGUGCAAUUCACAGUGAAGAUAAUGGCAACCGAUUGCCUGCCUGAGUCCCAGAAGCUGGUGUUGAGAGUAUUAGGAGUGGGAGAGGAGGUCCAAGUAGAGCUGUCAACAGCCUGUGAGUGCCAAUGUGGAGACACCCAGCCUGAUGCACACCACUGCUCUGGUGGACAUGGCAACCUCACCUGUGGCAUUUGCAGAUGUCAUGAAGGCUAUAUUGGCCGGCGCUGUGAUUGCAGGAAAGAAGAACUACUUGGUUCAGAAGGUGUGGCCCUAGCAAGUGGGCCCUUCUGCAGUUGUGACAACGUUGCCUGCGAACGACGUAACGGGCAACUCUGUGCAGGUAACGGGCAGUGCAAGUGUGGCCAUUGCCAAUGCCAGGCCAAUUACACUGGCAGCGCGUGUGAGUGCAGCCUGGAUACCAGUGGAUGCACCCAAGAGGGCAAGAUCUGCAAUGGGCAUGGCCACUGCGUCUGCAACCUAUGCCACUGUGACGUUGGGUGGUUGGGCAGCCACUGUGCUGACCACCAGAUGCCCUGUGAAGUGCACAGGGAUUGUGCUGAGUGCAAAGCUUUUGGAACCGGACCUCUGAGUCAGAACUGUAGCAAUUCCUGCAGCCAAACGGUGAGAAUGUUGGUGGCCCCUGUGGAUGAGAGAUGGUGCCAGAUGAAGGGAGGAGAUGGGCACCUCCUCAUCUACCUCAUUGAGAAGGACAAGACAGGAAGCAUCCUCCUGACGGUGAAUGACCGAAAAGUGCCAGAUUCCACCAGGCAGCCGAACCUGAUGCCAGCGUUAAUGAGUGCGCUGACUGUGGUGAGCAUAGGGGUGUUUCUCAUUGCCGUGCCCCGUGGCAUUGUGGAGAUCUGUGACCGGAGAAAGUUCAGAUGCCUUGAAAAAGAACGAAAAAGUGCCAUGCGGCCUCAGUCAUCAACCCUCAGUACAAUGGUUAUGAAAACAUUGCAAACACAACUUGACAAUACUGUGCCAACAGCUGAAGAUACUGUAUGACUUUGGAGGAGAGACACCUGCAUGAGAAUUUUCCCCUGAGCAAGCCCUAGAUGUAGUUUGACCUACAUCACCAGCUCAAUCUCAAAUGGGUUUGAAAUAAUGAAUCAACAUGUCUGGCAAACUCUCAAAGUGGUCAACAAAUAAAACCUUUAUUGUACUGUGCUUUUACUUGGCAUAGUGUGUUUUGUGCUUGGAAACACGUAACAUGUUGA